UCCCGCGACUACUUGGGUUGCCGCAUGGAGAAAGGGCUAAUGGCCAAGGAAGAGUGGAGCAAGCUUGGGUUUUCCGAUCUGGCCGGCAGCAAAGUAGAGUCAUCGUGAAGGAAGAUAAACUAGGCUUGUGUGUGAACACUGUGCUCAAGAUGUCCUGGCUGCCCGCACCACGAGGGGGGCCACGCAUCAUCCUGGGGUGCACGGGCAGUGUGGCUGCUAUCAAGGUUCCCGAGCUGGCACGGCGACUCAAGGAGCGUGGGGCUAGCGUCAUCAUUGUGCCCACAGAGCGUGCCUGCCAUUUCCUGCGAUGCCAGGCCAAGGUAGACCCCGUAGCCACUCAGCGGCCACUCAGGGUAGGGGGAGCAAGCGCAUUCAAACCUGUGGCCAAGAGUAUGGGCAACGGGGAGAAGAGUAACGACACUGCAGAAAUGAACAUUACUGGCGGUGAAAUUUGUAGCCACUGUGGUUCAAGAACUCCUGCUAAGGUUCUCAGACCAAUGGACCUCGAUAAAAGUGCCUUUAAGUCAUUGUACCCUGACCUGAACUUCGUGCUGGAUGAGGACGAGUGGUCUGCUUGGCAAGGACGCGGAGACUCUGUGCUGCACAUUCAGCUGCGAGAGUGGGCACAGGUCCUCGUGAUUGCCCCCUUGGAUGCUAACACCAUGGCCAAAAUGGCACAGGGGCUCUGCGACAACCUAUUGACCUGUAUUGUCCGAGCUUGGGAUGUCUCGAGGCCACUUGUGUUCUGUCCAGCUAUGAACACUCAUAUGUACUCUCACCCUCUUACCAUGAAGCAUACAGCCAUUCUUAAGGAAUUGGGCUACAUAGAAGUGUGUGUGAUAA